AUUAUGAUUAUGAUUCACAACCUCAAAGGAAAUUACCUCUGCUACAACUACAAACUCAACUACAACCUCAACCUCAGCCUCAACCUCCUCAGAUAAAUCCUAGAAGAGAUAGAAGACCUCCCGAUGAAAAAUUAUAUACAAAUCCUCGAGAUCUUCCGCUUGAAGCAUUAGGAUCUUCAGGAUUAGAAACUUUAGCUCAAAAUAAAGAAAUUAUAGAUGCAGGGAAUUUAGGAUCAGGAGCUGGAGGUUGGGUAUCAAAAUGUGAAAUAAGGCCAACUAAUUCAAAUCUUGCAUCAAAAAUAUUUGCUAUAAAGACAUUACCACCGGGACCUAAUAAAAUUGAAUUAACUGAAUUAAGUAUAAAUGAACGAUGUGAUUCACCAUAUAUUGUUAAAUAUUAUGGAGCCUUUCGUUAUGAAGGUAAUAUAUGUAUUGCUAUGGAAUAUAUGGAUUCAAGAUCAUUACAUGAUGUUUAUAAUAAAGUUAAAUCAUUAGAAUCAUUUUUAAAUGAAAGAGUUUUAAGUGAAAUUGCCAGAAGUAUUUUAAUGGGUUUACAAUAUUUAAAUGCUCAAAGAAUUUUACAUCGAGAUAUUAAACCAUCUAAUAUAUUAUUUAAUUCCAAAGGUCAAAUAAAAUUAUGUGAUUUAGGUAUAAGUCGAGAUUUAGAUGGAACUUUAGCUUCAACUUUUGUUGGUACAAGAAAUUAUAUGGCACCAGAAAGAUUAUCGGGUCAAAGGUAUGGAGUUAAUUGUGAAACUUGGUCAGUUGGUAUUACAAUUCUUGAAGCUGCUAUGGGAGAACAUCCUGUACCAGAAACUGAAGCAUAUGUAGCGAAUUAUGAUAGUUUACCAUCACCUCAAUUAAAGGAUAUUGAAGGAGUUAUUCUGUGGUCUGAUGCGUUUAAAGAUUUUAUAAGUUUAUGUUUAAGAGUAAAUGUCAAUGAAAGACCUAGUCCUACACAAAUGUUAAAACAUCCUUGGAUUACUAAGUAUCAAGAGAUUGAUCUUGAUAUGGAGGCAUUUAUUAGACGAGUAUGGCGAUAGGUAAUUGUUUGUUAUUACAUUACAAUACAUUACAUUAUUUAUUUAUUAUUAUUUAUUAUUAUUUAUUAUUAUUUAUUAUUAUUUAUUAUUAUUUAUUAUU